CUGAUCUCGAGGCCGGUCUAUAAAAGGAGGUGUUCCCGUGGGUGACGCUUCAAGUGAUCCAGUCCAGUCCAGUCCAUUCCUUUCUCUUUCAAGCCCUCUUCACUCUCCUCAAGCAUCUUCGUCUCCCCCAAAUUCUCUGCUUGCCCUCUUCCAACCCCUUCAUACAUUAUUAUGGCUGAGACAUCCAUGACGGAUCCAGCUCCGAUGCAGAGCCUUGUGCCUGUGGGAUUCAGAUUCUGUCCGACCGAGGAAGAGCUCGUCGCUUACUACCUCCGCCACAAAUUGAUGGCCCUUGAUCCUUCCGUUUACACCACCUUACCUGACAUUGACGUCUGCAAGUUCGAGCCCUGGGAUUUAUUAUCUCUUGCUACUUCAGCGGCUUCGGCGACCAAGUUUGACGACUCGGAGUGCUUUUUCUUCAGUCCUCGUGAUUAUAAGUACGCUAACAGUACUCGGUGGAACAGGACAACAUCGUCUGGCUUCUGGAAGGUCACCGGCCGGGACCGGAAUAUCAGAGAGCAAGGCACCAACAACGUCAUUGGGACUAAGAGGAUUUUAGUUUUCUACGAAGAUCGUUCUUCUCGUGCACGUAAAACCAAUUGGGUUAUUCAUGAAUAUCAUGAUGCCACACUUCCUUUGGAACAGGGGAACUUUGUCCUAUGCAAGCUAAUGAAGAAAUAUGAGAAGAAAACGAAAAGAAAAACUAUUGACUUUGAGCAACGAUUAAUUGAGCUCGAAAGGGAGCUCAAUAAUGACAUAGACUUUGAGCAUGGAAAUCAAGCAAAUUUUAAUAUGAUUUCAAAUGAAUAUUGUUUAUUAAAUAUGAGCUCAACAAUUCAAACUUCCGCUCAGGAGGCUAUAAACAACACAGGCACUCCAACUCAAUUCCUUUCAAAUGAAGAUAUAGACUCAAUCAUUCAAGAACUUUUCCCGUCAAAUGAAGCUAUACCAUUAAAACUAAAUUCAAGUGGUGAAACACCUCUUGAUUUUCAUUAUGAAGAAUCAUACUCCAGCUUGGUCGUGUAGUUGGCUCCAACCAUGGAUGAGCAAUGGUUACGGCAAACGAUGGCCACAGCUUCUCUGCAUUGAUAUGAAGAAAAGAAAAGCAUUUGCAUUAGAAGGAUAAAGUACUGUAGUGUAUCUUUUUCCAAUUACUUUUCUAAAUUCCUGUGAUUUAGCAUGAAGAAUUGUUGUGUAUCUUUUUUGUUUUUUUCAGUGUUAUGAGUCCUGGUGACUAGUGAUUUAACUUGUACUAAAUACUGUGUUUAAAUUAAUGCAAAUUUUUAUGGCCA